AGGCAGCAGGACGCAUCCAGUGAGCGCGAGCCUCAGCAGUUGGUAGUAACAAUCAUGUAAAGAUGGCGGAGCUGCAGAUGCUGCUGGAGGAAGAAAUUCCUGCAGGACGGAGAGCCCUGCUGGACAGUUUUACCAACCUGGAGAGAGUGGCGGAGUACUGCGAGAGCAACUAUGUUCAGUCUUCAGACAAGCAACAGGCUCUGGAGGAAACCAAGAACUACACCACCCAAUCUCUGGCAAGCGUGGCUUACCUCAUCAACACGCUGGCCAAUAAUGUGCUGCAGAUGCUGGACAUCCAGGCUUCACAGCUCCGCCGCAUGGAGAGCUCUGUCAACCACAUUUCACAGACGGUUGACAUUCACAAGGAAAAGGUGGCGAGAAGAGAGAUUGGUAUCCUGACCACCAACAAGAACACCUGUCGCUCUCAUAAAAUCGUGGCACCCUCUAACCCCGAGAGGCCUGUGCGGUACAUCAGAAAGCCUAUUGACUACAACGUGCUGGACGACAUCGGACAUGGAGUCAAGGGGAAUGGCCAGCAAAACAUGAAACUAGGAGGGAGCUUGUCCCGCACCACCCCACCCACACAAAAACCACCCAGCCCUCCAAGGGCAGGCAAAGGGAUCUUGGGGAAGAACUCCCCUUACAGGACUCUGGAGCCAGUACGCCCCCCAGUGGUGCCCAACGAUUAUGUCUCCAGCCCAACCAGAAACGUUGCAGCUGCUGGGCAGAUUUCAAGUCCUGCCCGCACUGCCACCCUGAACCAGCGUCCUCGAACAUACAGCGGUAGCAGUGGAGGCAGCCACCCCAGCAGCAGCAGUCGGAGCAGCAGCAGGGAGAACAGUGGCAGUGGCUGUGUGGGCGUUCCUAUAGCCGUUCCAACACCCUCCCCACCUUCCACUUUCCCAGUCUCCCCCACUGCUGGACCAGCUAGCUCUUCCUCCACUGCUCCUAACUCCUCCCCCUCACCUUCCUCCACUCCGUCCUCCUUCUCCUCCUCCUCCUCCACAUCAACAUUAACUCAUCCCAAAGCUCCUCUGCCUCCAAACUCACCUCCCCAAACAAGCUCACAGUCAGACUCAAACACCUCCCCACCCUCUAACAUGUCGCCUAACAAACCCAAGGUCCAGUCGGAGGCGUCCUCUCUCCCUCCUCCUGCUCCUUCUCCUCCACUCCUCUCCUCCUCACCACCUGCUGAAGGCCCCAUCGUCCCUCAGUUCUACAGCAUGAACCGGCCUCAGCCUCGACAGCAGACCCCUCAGGUGGGGGGGUCCCUGCCGUACCGCCGGCCCCCCUCUGUGAUCGGUCAGCCAGUCGGAACACAGAACCAUGUGAAUGGAGGUCCGUACUACAACCAAAGCCCAGCCUCUCCCCCCCCAGCAUCUGUCCUCCAGUUCACCCCCCAGCUUCCUCUGAUGGGUUUUGUUGCUCGAGUGCAGGAGACCAUUUCAGACUCUCCUCUGCCCACACACCCACCCACUGAGAGCCAGUCCGGACCAGAGGAGCCUCUCCCCACUCCACAGCCACUGGAGGAUGGACACGGGGAGGAGGACGCCGCAGUGGUGGAGUAUAAUGAUCCGUAUGCUGAAGAAGACCCACCAUGGGCCCCUCGGAGCUACGUGGAAAAAGUGGUGGCGAUCUACGACUACACAGCAGACAAGGAGGACGAGCUGUCCUUUCAGGAAGGAGCCAUCAUUUACGUGGUCAAGAAGAACGAGGACGGAUGGUUUGAAGGAGUAAUGAACGCCACCACCGGCCUCUUCCCGGGAAACUACGUGGAGUCCAUCAUGCACUACGCAGACUGAAGGACUGAAGGACUGUGGAGGUUUGACCACAGAGCCAGCUCAGACUGCUGACCUGAUCUUUAAGGAGAAUAGGAUACAGUCCUAUUCUCAUAUACAGUUCUGCUCUCACUGUCCACUUUCCUUUGUUUGAAGAGUUCAUACAGAGUAAAUACAACAAAAGGAUCCAGAUGGGUUCAAACUUGGGUCAAUCGCAAAAUCUGCAUCAGCAAAGGCUCACAUUUACCAAAAACAGAAUUACAGUAGCCCUUUGCUUCGUAAGUCAUUUGAGUUACCCUGGUCAUGUCUCAGCCAGCAAAGCUUAGUGGGCGCUACAGUAUAUCGUUUAGAAGUGGACAGAAAAUGUGAGUUUGUUCACAGUUUCCAUGGUUGCACCACCUGUGUUUACUCACUUUGGCUGAAGUGGACACUCAGCGGCUAGGCUCGCUAUGUGAGCCUGCCGCCUGGUGGACAGCAGAGCUUGCUAGCUCAAUACAGAAGAGCUCGCUAGCUUGGUGUAGAGGAGCUUGUUAGCAUGUUACAGUGGUGCUCACUAGCAUGCUACAGAGAAACUCACUAGCAUGCUACAGAGAAACUCACUAGCAUGCUACAGAGAAACUCACUAGCAUGCUACAGUGGUGCUCACUAGCAUGCUACUGUGGAGCUCGCUAGCAAGCUAUGCUGCCCACCAGGUAGCUGGCUAGCAUAGCAAGCUAACCGACGUUUAAGUCGAUGUGUGCAAACACAGGUGGGGUCACCACAGAAACUGUAGACAAACCCAAUCAGGUCCCACAUUUUCUGUCCUCUUUUAAACCAUAUUGGGCCCACUUGGCCUUCCUGGCUGGGGUUAGUUUAAAAACAAGUAGCCUUAUAGAGGCGGUAACACCUAACCACACCUGUUAGCAAUAACUUCAAUAGAAUCAUCAAAUCUGUCAGGUAUAAAGUUCUUUGGUGAAAAACUCUUUUCAGCUGCGAGUCUGUAGCGAGGAAACUUCAGAAAGAAAAGUGUAACUUUCCAAAAAAUGUCUAGUUUUGUAUCCUAGCAUAGAAACUUUGAUUUUUUUAAGACAUAACCAUAGGUAUAACACUUUUAACAUCUUUGUCUUUAUCCUAACGGAAAUGUCAAAAGGAAACGAUGCCAUGAAAAACCCUCUUCCCUGCUUUACCUUUGCCUUAACAACACCUUUCAACCUUUGCUUUCAUCUUUAGCCUUAUUUUCAUUUUGCAGUGAGUGUAAGUGAUGGCAGACACUUAUUACGUGGAGUAAAUGUCACAUUUUAGGAGACUAUAGAGAGGCUGUCAGCUGCUGAGCCAUGCUGUCUCUCUGCAUCUGGUUCCUACCAAACUGUGGUGAUGAGAAACGUCACCAUGACGACAGAAACUGCCAAAAACACGUCAGUGAAGAGAGUGGCCAAUUUAGAGGCUGAUGUUAUUUGUACCACACGAAACCACCAUCCCCAUUGAUUUGCUAUACAUAUGUCCAAGUGACCUAUUUGAGAUGAAGUGGAUGGAACCCCUCAUCCAAGUCAUUCAGACUCCUCGUUUAUAAAAUGCUAACAAAUCACCUUGAAGAGAAACAACUAUAACAAGUCCAUGCUGGAAUUCCAUUCACAUACACAGGAAACAUUGAUAGUGUGUUGCUAUGGUUACCAGGCCUGGUCUUCAUUUCUGUUGUGAUAUUUUCUCUCCUGGUGUUGAUGCUUCUGACUGCUUUAUGUGGACAAACUCUUCUAUUUGGUCCAUUUUCCUCCACAGUUCUGAUUGUGUCCAAACAUUUGCUCAGAGCACACAGAAGAACCUGACCCUCCUGUCUCUGUGGUCCCGUUUGUGUGCAGUCAAGUGGACCAGGACAGAUCUGGACCUGCGUCUGGACCUGUGGCCAGUUUUUGAAGUUUACAGUGUUUACCUGCAUGCCUAAGAUGUCGCUGACAUUUCAUCUUCUUCUUUUCCUUUAUUUUGAUUUCACUAAAGAAUCGUUCUUGUGUUUUAUGAACUGAAGGUUGUAAUGUUGCUGCUGUUUUUGGUUGUUGUUAGAUUUGAACAGGGGUCCUGUUGUGUUUUCACAAACCUGACAUGAAUGGGUGUGUGUGUGUGUGAGUGUGAGAAACUUGGUAUGAGCCAAAACCCUCCUUGUUAAAUGACAUGUGAGGACGGUCCUGAAAGCACUUGUUGAUUUGCAACAACAGCCAAAUAGUGUAAGAUGCGUACAAAUAAUAAUAAAAGUAAAUAGUUUCUAUUCUUUCACAUGUAGGAGUUCAACAUUAAAAUCUUGUAAACAUGUUACCCAUCA